CCUUACAAUGAAAUUUAGCAAGACCCGGUUUCUGUAUUGGCUUACAGCUGCUUGUAUUCAGUAUUAGCUUUGUUGUGUACACGUAUAAAGCGUAUAGAAUGGAGUGGAGACGCAAUGCCAUUAGCGUGAAUACGGGUUUUAGAGCUUGCUGGCUAAUGGCAGUCUACAUGUAUAUCCUGUUGGAGAUCGAAGUUGUGAAAGGUCAAGUUGUCAGUCUAAGUGCUGCUGGUACAGGACAAACAACAACAGCAUUCACAGUGACAUUUGGUGAUGGACAACCUACAGCCGAUGUUACCAGUUACUUACCUGUAUGUAUUGUGGGCAGUGGAUCAGGACCAUUCAUUCGACUAGAGAAGACUGAUGGUAGUCUAGUGUUGGCUGAGACAGGUGCCUUCACAGUAUUUGGAAGAGCACCAGUGAACAGCACUGAACAUCCUAUACUGGACACGUCAUACACUGGACUGUACCAUUGCAGAACAGUGGAUCGCAACUCUUCACAAACAUAUCAACUCAACAUUGUAGCUCAACAAGUUCAGUCUGGAAUAUCACCUACAUCACUGACAUUGCCCUACUCUGGUGUUUCGUACACCAUACCAUGCAGGUCAAGUGGAAACUUUCCUCUCAACGCAUCUUGGAGCUUAACAUUGUCUCUGGACUCACAGAAGAUAAAGACGGUGACAUAUACGAAUAUGGUGGAUUCUAUGGUCAGCUUCCGGCGGAAUGAUUCCCAGAUUGUGUUUACGGAAAGUGAUACAUCAGGUGUUACCUUCAAUGUCAUCUGUACGACAUUGUAUACUACAAACUUUGAUUGUAUUGGACUGGGUUCAACUCCAUCACGGCCACAAAGUGUGAUUGACAGAUGUGUGAAUGCCGCCCAGGCAAUAUCUACCACAGUCUCUGUCACUAUUCAAGCGAAAUGUCCUACUAUUAAUGACUCCAAGUUCAAUUACAAACCAGUUGCCAGUUUCAACACACUACCAGGUACCACAGUGUCCAUCGAAUGCAUAACAGGUUUUUUGUCUAACAAAAGUAUGGAAAUAACCCAGUCUACAUGCCAGGGCAAUGGAAGGUGGCAACCAAGUCAACCUUUAUGUGAAAGGUGCAUCGUGGAAUGCAAUGACACUAAUGUGGUGGAUUGUAAUCAUGUAGUGGGAAUGGCAGCGGUCAACUGUAUUUGUGGACAAAACCUCCAAUGGACCAUGGGCAAAUGUCAACCAACACAUUGUCCAGAAUUAAACUCGACAACAGUGAUGAAUAUACCCAGGAGUACUACAGGCAGUGGCAUUACCGUGUCUUGUACGCUUGGCUUCGAUACUAUCUCAAUGCCGUCUUCAGUGACUUGCCAAGCUGAUGGAACAUGGACUACACUACCUAUUUGCCAAGUUAUUCCUAUGGAUCCAGCCACUACUACCGUCAAUUCAACACCUGGAUUAACAACAGGAUCAACACGUGAAUCCUGCACGACAACUAGCGCGGAAAAUCAAACUCAGACGUCAUACACACUUGGCACUGUGAUCGGCGGUGUUGUUGGCGGAAUGUUCUUUGGGAUGAUAGCAAUGAUGGUGGUGGCCAUAAUUGUCCACCGUAAGAUACAAGGCAAACCGGUCAAGACCGAAGAUCCAGGUCAGACACAAAAUGCAGCCUAUGAAGACGCUGACAUUGCGGAGAGUUCCCUCACUAAAAGUGAUGCUUAUGGUGUUUUAGAAUCCGCCCCGCAACCACAGUAUGAAUUUGUUUGCCCAUAGUAACUCACUGAUUUCGCGCAUUUUCAACAUUUUCUGUAGUUUGGCGUGCUUCUCUGUGUUCUUUGCCUGUUGUUUUGCCUCAGCACAAUUCAUCUCAGUAUACAUUCUUGCAUUUGUACCCCGUCGCAACGAUUUUCUCAAUCAGUUUUUUUGCAAUUCCUCAGUUUGUAUUUUAGUUUUUGAUAGUUUUAUUCCAAGCAAAACAUGGCUGGGGUAGCAAAUGACCACUUUGCGUGGCGAUUGCAGGGUGUUUAUAACCACAACGUACUCUCCACCGCCUCCUUUAUUCUCAUUCUAUCUUUGUGUUAUGUUCCUCUGGGAGCGUGCUCCCAACGAAUUCAGGGAUUGACUUUCAACCGUGGCUUUUUUCCUUGUUGCUCAAACGCGUUAUUUUCAAAUCUAUGCCUUUCACUCACGUUGUCCUCAGCGGGGCACACAACUCAUCCACAGCUAACGUUACCCCCAAACAAAAUUUGCCAUUAAUCGCGUUAGCACUUUUCCAGUGUCAUUAGCGGUGCUUAAAAUGUAGAUUGUUUUCCAUUCAGAAACUUGUACUAUUGUUUCUUCUUUUCCAAUAUUCUCUGUUCUACUUCAUAUGCAUACACACACUUCACCUCGUCCUUUCCUCUCAAUUUUUAUCCCGCAAUUAUUUCUCACUUUUCUUGUAUAAAACUGGUUCAUAUUUCUAUCCCUUUUUCCAGAUGUGUUUUCCAAGUACCCGUAAAAAAGAAUAUGAUUGAUGCAUAGGGCUUUUGGGAUUGGAAUAAACAGAACCAGCUGAAGCGUCA